AUGGUCGCGUCACGUUUCAUAGUACUAAAUCGACAUUUAAAUAAUUUUGGAGGGAUUAUUUUGAGGAAGAAAUUCUAUUUAGAUGGUGUAAAUGCAGUUUUGUCGCGGGGCACAGAGCGUGCGCAAUUGAGUCCGCGCCGGUACUGGAGGCGGCCGACAGGCGGCGCUGCACUGCGCCGUAUUGAUAAAAGCGCAAAGGGCGCGCGACGGCCUGGGACUGGAGGAUGUGAUGGCAACUCGCAACCGGCGAGACUGUAG